GGAGUAGCCUGCUUCACAUUGUUAACGUAGGUUUCUCCCGUUCCAGCCAGCAUUUGUCUUCCGUGAGCCAAACCUGGGUCACCGCCUCACGCAAAGCGCCUGAAAUCUCGGCUUCAUUUGGCAGCGGGACACACGCCGGCACAACAGGGCCCCAGCUAUGAGGAAGACCGGUGUCCGGGUCCCCGGCCCGGCCGCAGGCUGGUAGGGAUGGUGCCGCUGUGAGAAGCCGUUCAGAGACGCCGAGAGGACCGGGAGUUCCUGGACAACAUGACUGUGUUCAACCCGGACAAUGUGGAGGAAUUUUACCAAAUUGGAGACGAGCUGGGCAGCGGUCAGUUCGCCGUGGUCAGACGAUGUCGGGACAGGAGAACCGGCGCGGAGUACGCCGCCAAAUUCAUCAAGAAGCGGCGCAACAAGUCGGGUCGGCGUGGCGUGGCGAAGGAAGACAUCGAGCGAGAGGUGAACAUCCUGAAGGAGAUCCAGCACCCGAACGUCAUCACCCUGCACGAAGUGUUUGAGAGCAAAGCCGAGGUCAUCCUCAUCCUGGAACUUGUUGCUGGCGGUGAGCUCUUUGACUUCCUGGCAGAGAAGGAGUCUCUGAGCGAAGAGGAGGCCACUCAGUUCCUGAAGCAGAUCCUGGACGGAGUCCUCUACCUGCACUCCAAGCAGAUCGCUCACUUCGACCUGAAGCCGGAGAACAUCAUGCUGCUGAACCGCUCAAUGCCUCACCCGCGCAUCAAGCUCAUCGACUUCGGACUAGCGCACAAGAUCGACUUCGGAAAUGAUUUCAAGAACAUUUUUGGGACUCCAGAGUUCGUAGCUCCAGAAGUAGUGAACUAUGAACCUUUGGGCCUGGAGGCGGACAUGUGGAGUAUCGGGGUUAUAACCUACAUCCUGCUGAGUGGCGCUUCUCCCUUCCUGGGCGACAACAAGCAGGAGACUCUGGCCAACGUGUCGGCCGUCGAUUACACGUUCGACGAAGAGUUCUUCAGCAACACCAGCGCUCUGGCCAAAGACUUCAUUAAGAGGCUUCUUAUCAAAGAUCCAAAAAAGAGAAUGACGAUUCAGGACACCCUCCUGCACCCCUGGAUCAAGCCAAAAGACACUCAGCAAGCACUGAGCAGGAAGGAGUCAGCCGUCAACAUGGAGAAGUUUAAGAAGUUUGCAGCUCGAAGGAAAUGGAAACAAUCCGUCCGACUCAUCUCCUUAUGUAACCGCCUGUCGCGCUCCUUCCUGUCCAGGAGCAACAUCAGCGUGGCGCGCAGCGACGACACGCUGGAUGAGGAAGACUCCUUUGUGAUGAAGGCCAUCAUCCACGCCAUAAACGACGACAACGUUCCCGGGCUGCAGCAUCUGCUCGGCUCUUUGAACAGCUACGACGUCAACCAGCCCAACAAGCAUGGGACUCCUCCGCUGCUGAUUGCCGCCGGCUGCGGCAACAUUCAGAUCAUCGAGGUGUUGAUGAGAAAAGGUGCAGAAAUCCAGGCUAACGAUAAGAGCGGAGCCAACGCCGUGUAUUACGCAGCCCGACACGGACACGUCGACACGCUGAGGUUCCUCCACGAGAAGAAAUGCCCUCUGGACGUCCAGGAUAAGUCUGGAGAAACGGCUCUCCAUGUGGCGGCUCGCUAUGGCAACGUGGAUGUGGUGAGCUACCUGUGUAGCAUCCGGGCCAAUCCAGACCUGACGGACCGGGAGCAGGAGACGCCGCUGCACUGCGCCGCGUGGCACGGCUACUCCGCUGUAGCCAGAGCGCUCUGCCAGGCCGGCUGCCAUGUUGACGCCAAGAACCGUGAGGGGGAGAGUCCGCUGCUGACGGCAUCCGCCCGCGGCUUCGUGGACAUCGUGGAGUGCUUGGUGGAGCACAAGGCGGACCUGGAGGCCACGGACAAGGACGGCCACACUGCGCUCCACCUGGCGGUUCGCCGCUGUCAGGUCGAAGUCGUCCGCUGCCUCCUCAGGCGGCACUGCCACCUGGACCAGCAGGAUCGCCAUGGCAACACGCCGCUCCACAUCGCCUGCAAGGACGGAAAUCUGGCGGUCGUCACGGCGAUGUGCAGCGCCAAGGCGAGUCUGGACCUGCCCAACAAGCAUGGACGGACUCCGCUCCACCUGGCUGCCGGAAACGGGAGCCUGGAGGUCGUCCGCCAUCUUUGUCUCGCCGGAGCAAACAUCGACGCCGUCACAAACGAUGGAAAAACAGCCGAGGAUUUGGCUUCUGCUGAUCAUCAUGAACACAUCGUGGAUUUAUUGGGAAAGCUUAAAAAGGACAACCACAAACUGAGCUACAUCCAGCAGCUGCGCCCCACCCAGACCAUCCAGCCCAGGAUCAAACUCAAGCUGUUCGGACACUCCGGGUCCGGGAAGAGCACGCUGCUGGAGUCGCUGAAAUGCGGCAUCCUGCGCAGCUUCUUCAGGCGGCGCAGGACGACGCGCUUGACCAACUCAGCGCGACACCCCAACUCCCCCGUCAACUCCAAGCCUGCAGUCUCUGUGAGCAUCUCCAACCUUUACCCCGGCUGUGAGAACGUGAGCGUGCGCAGUCGCAGCAUGAUGUUCGAGCCCAGCCUGACCAAAGGCGUGCUGGAGGUUUUCUCCCCCGUCCACAGCGCGCUGUCGGCAGCGGACGAGCAGGCCACCAAGGCCAUCGACAUCCAGCACGCCAACAUCCACGGUGUUGGUGAUUUCAGCGUUUGGGAGUUCUCAGGAAACCCCGUCUACCACUGCUCCUACGACUACUUUGCGGCCAACGACGUGACGGCGAUCCACCUGGUGCUGUUCAGCCUGGAGGAGCCGUACGAGACGCAGCUGGGCCACAUCACCUACUGGCUGAACCUGCUGAAGGCCCUCACCCCGCCGCAGGACAACAUCGUUUUCGGAGGUCGGAUCCAGCAGCCGCUGCCGGUCGUCCUGGUGGCGACGCACGCCGACCUGGCCGACAUCACCAGGGCGUUCUCUGGGGAGUUCAGCUACGACAAAGAGCGAGCGCUGCUCAAGGAAGUCAGGAACAGGUUUGGGAACGAUCUGCAGAUCAGCGACAAACUGUUUGUGAUGGACGCCGGAGCAUCAAACUCCAAAGACCUGAAGCUGCUGAGGAGUCACCUGCAGGAGCUGCGCGCCAGCAUCAUCUCUAGGUGCGGUCCGAUGACGCAGCUGUCGGAGCGCCUGCUGGCCGCGCUGCCGUCCUGGAGGAAGCUGAGCGGGCCGAACCAGCUGACGUCAUGGCAACAGUUUGUCAGUGACGUCCAGGAGCAGAUCAACCCGCUGGUCAGCCAGGACCACCUCCGGACUCUGGCCAUGCAGCUGCACAGCAUGGGGGAGAUCAACAUCAUGCAGAGCGAGACGGUGCAGGACGUCGUCGUGCUCGAGCCUCGCUGGCUCUGCACCAGCGUCCUCGGUAAGCUGCUGUCCGUGGAAACGCCCAAGGCCAUCCACCACUACAGGGGGCGCUACAGGCUGGAGGAGGUGCAGGCGCUGGCGCCGGAGAGCGACGUGGAGGAGCUGCUGCAGAUCCUGGACGCCAUGGACGUCUGCGCCCGCGACAUCACCAACCCGUCCAUGGUGGACGUCCCGGCGCUCAUCAAGACCAACGGCCUGCACCGCUCCUGGACGGAGGACGAAGACGAGGACGCGCUGAUCUACGGCGGCGUGCGGCUCGUCCCUGCCGAGCACCUCACGCCGUUCCCCUGCGGCUUGUUCCACAAGCUGCAGGUCAACCUGUGCCGCUGGAGCCACCAGCAGAAACCCGAGGAGGACGGCUCCGACGACUCGGACGGAGACAUUCACCUGUGGACCAACGGCGCCAAGGUGAGCCAGGCGGGGGUGGAGGCCAUGAUCCUGCUGGUGAACCACGGCCAGGGCGUGGAGAUCCAGGUGCGCGGCCACGAGUCUCAGCGGGCCAAGUGCUACGCCCUGCUGGACACGGUGUGCAGCAUCACGGAGAACCUGCUGGCCUCCACGCUGCCGGGCCUGCUCACCGCCCGGUACUACCUGAGCCCGCAGCAGCUGCGGGAGCACCACGCCCCCAUCAUGGUGUACCAGCCCAAAGACUUCUGCCGCGCCCAGAUCCAGCGCGAAACCUCGCUCACCAACACCAUGGGCGGCUACCGCGAGAGCUUCAGCAGCAUCCUGGCGUUCGGCUGCGCCGAGGUCUACCAGCAUGGCGUGCUGGGGACCGACAUCCACAUCGCCGACGUGCCGCUGCUGGCCCGCAGGAAGCUGUGCCGCAUGCUGGACCCGCCCGACGCGCUGGGCAAGGACUGGUGCCUGCUGGCCAUGAACCUCGGCCUCACCGACCUGGUGGCCAAGCACAGCGGCGGCGGCGCCACACCGGACGCCGCCGCGCAGCCGCCGCCGCCCAGCCCCACGGCGGCGCUGCUGCGGGAGUGGAGCGGCAGAGCCGGCAGCAAGGUCGGCGUCCUGAUGAUCAAACUGCGGGAGCUGGGGCGCCGGGACGCGGCCGACUUCCUGCUCAAGGCGUCACCGGUGUUCAGGGUCAACAUGGAGGCACUGAGCGGCGCGCCCAACGGAUACCCGCCCACCUGCAACGGCGGCACGUCUUACAACUCAAUCAGCUCCGUCAUAUCGCGCUGACGAGCCACGCAGCUUCAGCAACGAUGUGCAAUCAUGAAGAGCUGCUCGCCGUUUCCCAACAUCCUGUACAGCCAGCCCCUCCCCUCCUCUACACUGCAAAAACACAAAACCUGAAGAAACACAAAAUCUGACCAAAUAUUUCUAAUUUCUCCUGCAAGUAUCUUUGUAAACUAAAAGUAAGACAAAACUAAGUUAAAAGAAACUUUUCAUCAAGAUAUUGCAGCUCGUUUCACUAAAUAAUUCUUUAAUAUUGACGAAAUUGUUCCAGUUCCACUUGCAGAUUAUUUCACAUAUAACAACACAUUUCCCCAAUUUUUUUUUUUUGUUUGUUUUUUGGUUGAAAACAGAGAAAAUAGAGUUUUAUGUCAACAAUGCAUUAAAUCAGUGUCUGUUAAAUUGUAUGAUUUUGUAACUCAAACUGUAAAUCCAUAAAAUCAGCAGCAUGAUUCAUUUUCACUGCAAAAAC